AUGCCCGCAACAAGACAAAAAAAGAGACAGGACAAAGUCGGUAGAAACGAGGAAGAAGGGUCCCCCGGACAGCGAAAGUUGGCGCGUGCUGCUCGCGAAAUCCGUCGCUUUUUCGAGACGGGGGAUGCAGUCCUUGACCAAAACAUAGUUCCGUUCAUUAAUCAACUGGCACCCGAUGUAAAUUUCACAGCAGACGAAGCCGAGCAGACGUCCCCCUAUUCAAUUGAUUGGGUUGGAAACACGAAAAGAUUCGCCAAAGCUGUCAAAAGCUUUCGAGCGCUAGCCAAGAAGGAAAAAUACGACGUCCCUGAAGACAGUGGCUUGAAUAUAAAACAUUUUCAGAAAGAGACAAGCGAUGAAGAGGAGCCGACAAGGCAAAAGAAGGCUGUAAGCAUAGAAGAGGAUCUGGAUAUGAGAAAGGCUAUGAACGAGGAGGAUUCGUCCGCGGAUGAUUCCUCUGAGGAGCAAGACAAUAUUUGGCCACUUCUUUAUCAAAAAGUCAAUCCUCAAAGUUUGAAUAGGCCUGGUUGGCGAGCACUUCAGCAGGACUGCGUGUUGCAUGGCUGCGAUUUCGCUGAUGUGAAAUUCAGGUUGGAGUUCCUACUCACCCACGAAAAUUCCGAGGAAACUCCGAACGAACUCCUUCAUUCUGCGCGCAAGUGGAUUGGAACCUGUCCCCAAGCCCUGGAAUAUCUGGAUAACGACUUCUACGGCGAUCGAGAAAUGUCAAAGCGAUUUUCGGCUUAUCGUUCGAAGCACAGACGCGUAGCCAGGAUCGUUAGUUCUAGAUCAACUAGUGCGGAUCAUGAGAAGCUUGAUCGAGUUAGGUUAACUAGUGUGGAUCCUGAGGCUGAUCGACGCGAACUAGGUUUUAUUGACAGAACAGUACCAGCUGACGGAAGCGACCAAAUUACUUUGGAGGAUGAUCCUGAUGACCCUGAAGCAGACAGUGUUACAGGCACAAUUGUAAUGUCUGUUAGUCAUUUUUUGGGUGUCAAAUUGGACAGCCUCAACGAAGAGUAUCCUCAUGCAGAAAGACAUGUCCUGGUGAAGCAGUCAGACUGUACAUCAAAAAGGUGCCCGCAAUCCAAAAUCACCAGAGCCUCUGACAAAGAUUCACUUAAGAACCUAAAGCGGAGCGAUAUCUCAGUUGUCAAUUUCGUUUCCGCCAAGGAUGAUAACAAUGACAGAUGGCCGCGAACAUACGUUGUAGGCUACAUCAAAAAGAAGAGAGAUGAAGGAUUGAGGGUAUGGAGCAGGUCAAUUUUUCGGAACAAGUUUGGCUCUACAGUCGAUGAUGAAAUAAACGCCGCCCGAAGACAAUGUGGGCAGCAGGAGAUUUGCAAGCGUUAA